AUGCAUCCUGUAAAAAAACGUGGAAGGCCGCCUACAACUGUUGUGAAUAAAAUUCGUUCAGCUUUUGCCAUAUGUCCCGUGUCACCCACACACUUUCAAGAUUUUUCGAAAACAUUUAUUCCUCAGAAGCUUUUUCCAGACAUUUGGGCUGCACGAUCCACAGAUCGAUGGGAGAUUGCACCGUCGAACGAUGCUGGCAAUGAGAAUUAUAUAAAACCACCACGGAAAAGAAAACCUAUUCCUUUAGAUCAUAAAGAAGAGUGGAAUCUAUUAAUAGAAUUGGAUAAUGCCUCGAAACCUCUGUCUCCAAAAGCUGUUAGAUUAAAGGGGAAAUUGCAUUUACGGAGGCUCAAGCGAGGAUUAGGUUUGAAGAUUUUUGAUAUCGAUACCAUUGUUUCCGAACAUAUGAGAUCUUCAAUACCAUUAGAGAUUAUGCCGCACGAGGAUUUUUUCGAAACUGAAAAACAGGCUAAGGAUGUUAAAGAGAAUAAAGAAAAAAAUAUUGACUCCACUAGUCAAAUUGAAAAUUUAAUGUCCACUCCAUAUAAGAACUCUUUUGCAUCAAGGUUAUAUGGUGACAUUCGUUCAGCUAAUACGCUUACUGCAGAAAAUGCCUGGACUAGUCCUUUACAAAGAAAACUAAGGCCAUACAUUCGUCGAGAUUACGAGACCAUGCCACCGAAAUUGAAUUUACUACGUGACAUCGUCAAAUAUGCGCAUCGGAGUGAUCCCAAUUGGACACAACCGCCCUCUAGUCCUAUUGAUUUUUGUUAUUUUCAAAAAGAGCACCUGAGUCAAGUUAAUGAUUUGCUGCAACGAUGUUUUUGGCCAGGAAUCGAUGGUGGUGUCGUUGCAAUGUAUAAGCGAUUGAUAAUUGGGUGCGGGUUUAUGACACCAGAGGCCUACAUCACAUACAUCGCUGUAGCACCUGGAUGGCAAAAGUCGGGGAUAGGGCAGUGA